GAUCUGUGUGUUUCCCCAACACAAGCAAAAAGGAACAGCAGAAGGAUUGGAGGGUGAGCUGUUAGCAGGAACCUCUAACCCCAAAACGAGGAUGGACAACUGCAUGGAAGAAUCUAAAGUGCGAGAAAGAAAGAAACAGUUGAAAGAAAAUGAAACACAGAACACCCUCGCAAAUGGUUCAGCAGACUAUGACAAUGAAUUUGACCAUCUAAUUACCUGGAAGAGGAACGUCAAGGAUAUGAAAAUAGAAUUGUUGGACCAGUUCAAAGGUCAGCUGAGUGAGCUGCUUGACAAAGCUAUAGAGGAAUCCAUUGAGUACCACUCACACUAUAAGCAAAUGACCAAGUCCCAGGAGUCAGGACACAGAAACAGGGCCGAGAAAGUUGCAACAGAGAAAGGAAAGAUCUUUGUGAAUCGCCGCUCAAUGCUUGAUGAGCUGUUUGAGAGUCCUCACAUUCGGACAAUAUAUCACAUGUUUAUCGCCCUCCUGAUUGUCUUCGUUGUCAGUACAAUGGCGGUUGAAUUCAUUGAUGAGGGCAGGCUGAUCCUUGAGUUUGACCUGCUGGUUUUUGCCUUUGGAAGGUUUCCCACGGUGUUGGUUAUCUGGUGUUGCCUUUUCCUGUACACUCUUAUAAUCCCUUAUAAAGCACUGAACCUGUGGGGAAGCAACUAUCACCAAGUCAGAUACCCUCGCCUCUACACUCUGACCCUUGGGCUGCUGAUUGUGUUGUGCCAAGUCUGUGUUCUGGGAUUCUAUCCUAUCUACGCUGUUAUUCAGUACGAACUGCCUCCAGCCUCAAGGUUCAUUGUGAUACUUGAACAGAUUCGUUUAAUGAUGAAGAGUUAUUCUUUCAUCCGAGAAAAUGUUCCCAAAGUGCUGAAUGCAAAGCUGAAGGAAGGUGAAGUGCUUCAGAUGCAAGAGUUCUCGUGUUACCUCUACUUCUUGUUCUGCCCCACUCUAAUCUAUCGGGACUCUUAUCCUAGAACUCCAAAGAUCAGAUGGAAGUACGUGGCACUGAAUUUUGCUCAGGUUCUUGGUUGCCUCUUCUAUUGUUACUUCAUCCUGGUGAGGCUUUGUAUCCCAGUGUUCACCAACAUGAGCAAGCAGCCCUUCAGCACCAAGAUGCUUGUCCUAUCGAUAUUCAAUGCAACAUUACCAGGUACCUUCCUGCUGCUCCUGUUCUUCUUUGCCUUCCUCCAUUGCUGGCUCAACGCCUUUGCUGAGAUGCUACGUUUUGGAGACAGAAUGUUCUACAAGGACUGGUGGAAUUCCACCUCCUUUGCUAACUACUACAGGACCUGGAAUGUGGUGGUUCAUGACUGGCUCUACUGUUACACGUACAGUGAUUUCCUCCGGAUUUCUGGAAGGAGGUUUCGUGUUGCUGCCAUGCUGUCUGUCUUCAUUCUUUCUGCAGUUGUUCAUGAGUAUGUCCUAACACUUUGCCUGGGCUAUUUCUACCCAGUCAUGUUCUGCCUCUUUGCCAUCUUUGGAGCCACCUGUUGUACAUUCUAA